AGGAGCUGGGUGGCAGGAGGGAGGCAGGAGGGCUGUUGUUUAUUGAACAAAGCCAGGAAAGGAGUGUGCAGUCCUGGGGAGAAGAGCCGCUGUGAAAUGCCUCGGAGGGAGCCUGCCAGCUACUCCUGCAGAGACCUGAAGGUGAGCUCCAGCUGAGGAUGGCAGGAGAUUCUCGAGUCCUAAUGGACCACAACAUGGAGAUAGGAGUCACCCCUGCACAGGUGAAGAAGCUUCCCAAACAUUUGAGGGAGCCUCAGAUCUCAACAGAGCGAACCCACCUGAUAUCUGACCCAGCAAAGAAGCCACGUCAGCGAUACGUGCAAAAGGAUGGCAAAUGCAACGUUCAUCACGGAAACGUGCAAGAGACCUACCGUUACCUCAGUGACUUGUUCACUACAUUGGUGGACCUACGCUGGCGUCUUAGUUUCUUUAUUUUCACAUUGGUCUAUGUAGUCAACUGGCUCUUUUUUGGGUUUCUGUGGUGGCUGAUUGCGCUCAUCCGUGGGGAUCUAGUGCAUGCUGAUGAGGAGGGCUGGACCCCCUGCGUGGAGAACCUCAAUAGUUUUGUCUCAGCCUUCCUCUUCUCCAUUGAAACGGAGACCACCAUUGGGUAUGGUUAUCGUGUAAUCACAGAAAAAUGCCCUGAAGGUAUUAUACUGCUUUUGGUGCAGGCCAUCUUGGGUUCCAUUGUUAAUGCCAUGAUGGUGGGCUGCAUGUUUGUCAAGAUUUCACAGCCAAAGAACCGUGCCGAGACCCUCAUGUUCUCACACAAUGCUGUCAUAUCGGUGCGAGAUAACAAGAUGUGCCUGAUGUUUCGGGUGGGGGACCUGAGGAACUCUCACAUUGUCGAGGCAUCAAUUCGAGCAAAGCUGAUCCGCUCGCAACAGACCAAAGAGGGGGAGUUCAUCCCGCUCAACCAGACUGACAUCAACAUCGGCUUUGACACAGGAGAUGACCGGCUGUUCUUGGUCUCACCACUCAUCAUCUCUCAUGAAAUAAACGAGAAGAGCCCCUUCUGGGAAAUGUCACUGGCGCAAAUGGAAAAGGAGGAGUUCGAGAUUGUGGUUAUUCUUGAGGGAAUGGUGGAGGCCACAGGGAUGACGUGUCAGGCACGAAGUUCCUACCUGGACACAGAGGUCCUGUGGGGGUACCGCUUCACUCCAGUGCUAUCGUUGGAGAAGGGCUUCUACGAGGUAGAUUACAACAACUUCCAUGAUGUCUAUGAGACCAACACCCCCACUUGCAGCGCCAAGGAGCUGGCGGCUAAGCUUCGCGAGGAGCCGUUAUUGCCCCAGCUUUCACUCCUCAGCCCUGAGCCCAAAAUGCAUACUUUUGACCCCCUAAACCAGCUAUCAAACCAGGAUCUGCUAAACCAAGAUGAGGAGAAUGAAGAGAGGGAUUCGGGGGGUGACAGAGGAGAGAACAAUGGCUCAGCUGCUGCAUUAGAGGAGCUGCCACUUGCUGAUGGACUGUCUGACUGACUGGACCCAGAAAACUCUGGAUAAAAUCAUGUGACAUUAUAUGGCUUCAUUUAGUCAAUGGCCAGCUUGGUCCAUUGCAGCACUCAGAGAUAAAAGACAUAUCUCCAGCCACCAACUCAUGCAAUAUUCCUCUACUAGAGUGUCAAUCUAUAGUAUAGAUUGGUUUUGUAGACAAAUAGUCCACAUACACAGACACACAUGUACAGUAUCUAUAUCAACACUUAAAGGUUGGUGGUUCCGAUUGUGUUUUUAUAAUCAUAAUGACCACUUACUGCUAUAACACCGAAGUUCAAGUUGUAUAAUGUAAACUUGAGCGUAAACUGGUAGCCAUGACAGCUUACCAUGGGCUUCUUAUGGAUACUCCAAUAUUCUCAUUUUAGAGUGUGUUAAUUCAGCUUCAUUAGAGCAGAAUCUCAUAACUCAGCUCGUGUGUCUGACAACAGCUUCUGUGUGGUAAUGGAACCUUGCUAUUGAUGAUUUUCUUUUUUUUUUAAUAUAGGAGAUAAUUAUUUCCUUCCUCUGUCACUGUUGUUAAUCUGUGAUUCAGAAAUCCCACUCACCUUGGAGGAAAGUUCUUCAAGUAUGCAUAAUCAGAUGGGAAAUUUAUGAAGGCAAUUUGUACUGGCAACCACAAUUCACUAUUGUUUUCUUUGACCGCACCUUUCCUCGCGUUUGUAGUGUCAUAACUUCUCAUUCAUGGUUGUCUAAUUCUGUCCUCGACACACCGGGAGCCUUGGGCCAAAAGAAACCAGCUAGUACCUCAUUUUGUACUCAUUUUCAGGUUUUUAAAUUAACAAUAACAACUAGGACAAAUGCUGGCAAAACUGCAUAAAUGUGCUACGGUAUGGUUGGUUAAAGAUUUAAUUCACCUUCAUGCUGCAGCAACUGAAGAAUUGAUUACAAUCCCCUGGAAUAAAAGCACAAUUUUUUCACAAGGGAACUCCACACUGACCUAUCCACCCACCUAGCCACCACCACAGGCUGAUGCAUGUCAGUCCUAGUUAAAAGAAGCAUCCAGAUAUAGAUUUCAACACUUAUAAUGGUCAUGCUCAAGUCCUAUUUGAAAUGCUCUUGAUUUUUAUAUAUGAAGAUUUCAAAUGGUCCAUAAGCAAAAUGUAAUAUUUCAUGUAUCCUUUUAUGUUUGUUUUGCUUUUGUUUUAAAAACUUACGGAUAAUCAACCUUGAUA